AUGAGAAAUGACUCAUCCUCCUUAACUCGUCGUCUUCUUCUUCCUCCAUUGUACUCGGAGUCUCGCAAACGCGUGCCUAGAGAGUAGAGCUUGAGUGUUGGAACUUCGCUAAACACUCCAUCUCCGUCUCUAAUAAACCCAUUAGGUCAUUUCAUUUUCUUUGUUGCUUUCUGAUCUGUUUCUGAAACUCCUCCUCAAUGCUGAGUACUUACUUGUACUUAGUAAUAAGUUAGUAUUCUAAGGUUUUCACUGUUUCUGAAUCUUCGGUUUUAGUUUUGCGAGCGGAUUCAAUGUCGGAGGAUAUGAUAAGCAAAUUGCCUGAUUCUUUGAUAUCUCAGAUACUUUUGUAUCUUCCGACGACAAAAGAAGCUGUUAGGACUAGUGUUUUGUCCACUAGGUGGAAACGUCUCUGGCUUUUGAUUCCCAAGUUAGAUUUGGACUCUUCUAAUUUCCCAGAUUACAACACCUUUGUGGGGUUUAUGGAUAAGUUCCUAGAUUUCUCAAGGGAACAUAAGUCUUGCUUGCACAAGCUCAAGCUUAGUAUUCACAAGAGUGAAAGUGAUCAGUCUUGCGUCACGCCGUGGAUUGAUUUUGUGGCUACGACUAAACUUGAGCAUCUUGAUGUUGAGUUUGGUCCUGUAAAGCUUGAGUGUUUGGAAGUGAUGCCCUUAAGCCUCUUUUUUGUCUGUGACACGCUCUUUUACUUAAGACUCCAUCGAGUAUUUUUGGGUAAAUCUGAGUCUGUGUCUUUACCUUGCCUCAAGAAGUUGCGUUUAGAACACAAUGUAUAUGCAAAUGAGGCUGUUCUAGAGUCACUCAUCUCGGGUUGCCCAGUUCUUGAAGAUUUGGAGAUUGUUCAAAGGGUUGAUGCUAAUGUUGAGGUUGUACGAGUGCGCUCCCAGACAUUAACCAGUCUCAGUAUAGCACAUGGUGUCAAUGAUUACGAGGUUGAAGUUUUGGCGGAGGAAAUUGAGUAUGAAAACUUGAGGGUUUUGAUUGAUGCCCCUAGACUCAUGUAUUUGAAUCUCGGUGAUAAUAUAGCUGAGUUUGCUGUACUUAGCAGUUUGGAUUCCUUAACCAAGGUUGAUAUUCUUGGCGAUUUUUACAUGGUGAAGAGUGCUGAUGAAGUUGACUUUGCGUGAUUUUUUCACCAGUAUCUUGGGAGUUAGAGAUAUGAAGAUUUCUAACGAUGCUUACGAUUCCAUUAUGUAUCACCCUAUAUCAGAGUCACUCCAGUUUUGCAACCUGUCUUGUUUGGAAGUAGAGAUGCUUUUCUGCAACCUGCACAAAGUACCACAGCUUCUUAAACGCUUCCAUCAGGUAUAGUUUGGUAGUUGCAAGUCUGUUUCAUUACCUCAACUCAAUGAAUACACCCCAAUGUGAAGGUUGUACAAGUGCACUCUCAGACAUAGUCCAGUAUCUUAGUAUAUGUGAGUAAAAUCGUAAGCCAUUUGGGUUCCUUAACCAGGGUCAAUCUUCUUGAAUUAUACAUGUUGCUGACCCUUUACAUAGGGACUUGUAGGUGGUUCUACGAUGACCAUCAUACAGUCUUAAGGUUGGACUUGGAUUAAGUACUAUUUUCAUGUCUUUUGUGAUUGUCUGACUUGUCCUUGUUUAGAUUAAAUUCAACUUCACAUUUGAUGUUUCUU